UGGAGAUGUGCAGCACCACGCCCCCUGACGACGAUUCGGACCCCUUGCUCUGCCCACACGGAUACGAGUGUAGUAUUGUGGACGAGGGGAAUCCCCGAAGGGGCGUGCCCGACAGGGGUGUGUGUGUCAAGGUCAGCUCACAAGAGCCGGCCGUGGGCGGCUGGCCCAGGGAGAGUUCUCUAGGUGACCAAGAGCCUGGAGCGGCUACAGAGAUCCAGGAUUCCGAAUCUCGUCAUGCCUGUGACCUUGGUGAAGGUCAAAUUUUACUGUCCGGCCACGAGACGAUCAUUGAAGGCCAAGACUGCUUGUGUUACGAAACAAAACUUGUCUGCGAAAGUUGACAGUGAUGAAAAUGAUGAUACCACUAGUGACCAGUGACAUCACCAGUCAACCACAAACAAUGACACCACGAGGAAUCAAAACCCUGUCAGGUGUAGACUACUGGAAUCUUACACAUCAAGGACGCGUCUGUUGUUACCAUGGUUUCUCUGUUUGUUACUCCGUCCCACUACGUUCUCCUACAUCGCCUCAUAUGUUUGCCUAUAUUUCCCGAUGAACAUCUCCAAAGUGUUAACGAUCAGUGUGAUGAUGUUGUUGUUGUUGUUGUUGUUGUUGUUCCUGCAUUGUUUUACAAUAAAUGUUCAGAGAGUCACAUUUUC